ACAACUUUGCAAUAUGAAUGCAUAUAUACGUUUUGGGGCAGGCAUUUUAGGAAGCGCAUUUGCUCUGCUUAUGUAUGGAGCACCAGUAAGUAAUUUUCAGAGAGUGGUAAAGAAGAAGACAACAGGAGAGAUGUCAGGGAUGCCCUAUGCAAUAGGCCUCUUCAACUGUCUUAUAUACACCUUAUAUGGCUCUCCUCUCAUUAGCAAUGGAUGGGAGAACGCUCUUGUCAUGGGUACCAACGCUCUUGGAUUUCUCCUUCAGUUUUGCUUCUGCACCAUCUAUCUCCUCUUUGCUCCACCUAAAUCCAAGAGAAGAAUGGGUUUUAUGGUGGGGGGAGUACUGGUGCUGUUUGCCAGCACUGCAGCAACUUCCAUGUGGGGAGUAGAAGCAGGCAAGAAGAAAAUGCUGGUAGGAACUACUGGAAUGGUUGCUUCUGUCAUUCUCUUUGGAUCUCCACUCUCAAAUAUUAGGGUGAUAAUUCGGAGCAAGAGUGUGGAUUGCAUGUGCAUCUAUUUCUCAAUCUUCUCUUUACUCGCAAGCCUGCUCUGGUUGGUGUAUGGUGCUUUGAGCAGAGACGUUCAUAUCAUGGUUCCUAAUUUCCUUGGAGUGCCACUAGCUUCUGUUCAAAUAAUAAUAUAUUUCACUUAUUGGCAAAUGAGUCGUGUACAAGUUGAUGCAAAAUUGAAAAAAGUGGCUGCUCAGUCAGAAGAAACAGCUAUAGAAAAUUGCCUCCAAUUUCCUCUCAGUCAACCUGACGUUGAGAUACAACUGAAGUGAUAUGAUUGUAAAAUCAGCCCUUAAUAUUCGUAUGUGAAAAAUUACUUAUCAAGU